CACAAGACAAUAAUUUCGUUGCAGCCCUCAGCAUCGAGUGAAGAUCAUCCCAUACAUUCGCGGUCUCCAAUCAUCUCGCACUCAGUGAGUUUGCUCUCCCACGGUCCGAGGAGAAUCGGUGUGGAGAUCUCAGGCGGGAUCGAUGCUGAAAUCCCAGUAGUCAUUGAGCGCGUGGAUGACGAUUCUCCGUUCAAGGGCAGAAUUUUCAAAGGAGAUUACCCAUGGACCAUAAACGGAGUUCAUGUGCAAGGUCUCAAGAACGCACAGAUAGCGCAGUUACUCCGCGGUGACAGCCAUCACGACACGGUGAAGGACGAUGGGAUCUCCGUGAGCGUACUGCCCUGUUCAUCGCGAGCUUUGGAAGCGUCGAUAGUCGAAAUGGAAGCAGCCGUUCAGUCUCGAUCAUUGGGAGCUUGGUACUCGAGCGUGCCACGAUACGACCUUCGACAAACUCAUUCAGCGUCCAGAGCUCCGGGGAACGUCGAGAAGAAUAGAUAUUCCGACAUUGUUGCCUACGAUUCCACGCGAGUUUUGCUCACGCCGAAUGAAUUCAACGGGCAAUCUGAUUAUAUCAACGCCAAUCAUGUUAACAUGACUUUGACGGGUUCGAACACCGUGUAUCGAUACAUCGCGACACAAGGACCGAAGUCGUCGACCGUGAGCGAUUUUUGGCAACUGAUCCUCGAACAAGGGAUCCGUCAGAUUGUUAUGCUGACAACGCUUCAGGAAGGUGACAUGAUAAAAUGCUUCAAAUAUUGGCCUGAAGAAGGCACGAAAAUGAAGGACCUACUCGGCUCAUGGAGCAUCCAGCAAGUUGGCAUGUCGCAAGAGGACGCCUGGAUCCAACGGCAGUUCGAAGUGAAAAACGAGAAAACCGGAGAAGAGCGACACGUCACACAUUUACAGUAUGUCAAGUGGCCUGACCACGGUGUGCCUCAAGAUUCGCAAGAUUUCGUCGAUUUCGUUCAUCUCGUUCGGGAAUUCAGAGCUGAAGCGCCGAUUGCACCUGUGGUCGUUCACUGCAGUGCCGGCGUCGGCCGGACGGGCGUAUUUAUCAUGAUGGAAACCGCGAUGGGUCUCAUCGAGGAGGGUCAGGCGGUUCGACCUCAGCAGCUGCUCCAGAUCAUGAGGGAGCAGAGACCUUCCUUAGUCCAGACGGAGUCCCAGUUCAAUUUUGUUGUCGGAGCUAUUCUCCGAGUUUUCAUCGAGGGCAGCGUACAACCCUGUUCGUGACUCUAGUCUUCCC